GGUCAACGUUAUUUUGUUUCAUUUACAAUUUAUUGAUACUGAUUGGAAAUUCAGUUUUUGAUUACAUUUAAUUUUUACAAUAAAGACAUUGUAAAUUACGGGUUUAUUUUCCCGGGUCAUUACAAAGGUUACCCUGUUAUUGGUGCCUAGCAAUGUAAGGGACUCGAUGCAGUUCCUCACCAGUUUUGAGGUAAUCCAGUAGGAACCCAGGGCUUUUAGAGCCGCCUGGCUAUCUGACACAAUAUAUUACAGGGUGUUAAUAAAUAGUGGGAUCAAACUUCUAGGAUAAAUAGUACUUAUUGAAAUAAUAAAAAAGUUGAUAGAAACAUCCCUUUUCCAUUUUUUUUUUCAAAUUUGGCAGGUUUAAUUGUGAUAACAAAAGGUAUAUCUUUUGACUGUAAUAUGGCUUGCUUAAACUGAGAAAAAACAUCGAAGUUAUAAAAAAAUAGUGAUAUGCCAUUUUUUUCCUACUUUUACUAACGUAAUUGCCCUCUGGGGUGCCACUGGAAUAAUAACGGUUAAUCUAAUUGAGUCAAAAGAUACCUUUUAUUAUAGCAAACAAAUCUGCAAAGUUUAAAGAAAUUCGGGAAGCGGAUUUUGAAAAACCGAUUUUUUUCAAGCCUUGACACCCUGUAUUUCGAAAACUAAGCAUUUGCGGACCUAUGUUUCUAUUAAUUUUUUUAUUAUUUUAAUGGAUACUAUUUAUUCUAGAAGUUUGAUCCCACUAUUUGUUAACACCCUGUAUAUGUUUUUGUUUGUGGUGGACCUAUCAAUUAGCUCUCUGGUACACAGAGCAAGGGCACAAACUUCUGCCUGGUAUAUAGUAGCAUACAUCCCAAGGUUGAUUGAGAAUUCAAUCUUCGGUCUGCUGCGGAAAACUCCAGCUCCAACACCAUAAUUAUAUAAUCAUAAAGGUACUCACCUCUUUCAUUGGUGUCUGUGCUUCCCCAGUUCAAAUGAUGGGGCAUUUGUAUCAGCAUUGAGUAAUUUUUUAAUAUAAAUAAAGUUUACAUGAAAAUUCUGAUCCUCACACAAAAAAAAAAAAACUUAUUCUAAAUCCCACCUAAAAAAUAUCACUGACAAAACACGACAUUUAUUUUGACGUUUUUUCUUUAAAUGUUUAUAUUACACACUCCAAUAUUCGCACAAAAAUUAUGCAAACCAAUGCCAAACUGAAACCGAUCAAGGAUCAUCCAAGAGUUAAAAAUCUCUUCGAUUCGGCUCCCAUGGUAGUACCAGGUAACAGAAAUGUAGCACAAAAAAGCUUAAAUCCAGACGUGCUCAAGGAAACCAGCACCCAAACCAGCAAAACGAUGGUUUCCUUACCCUUAGAAGAAAGUGCAAGAAUGUCACCUGAUAGUUUAAGUCCUAAAACCAAUUAUUAUCAACAAGAAUCCGUUGGAGAGCCGGAUUUUCAUUAUAAAAGAAAAGGUUGCAUUUUACGGUACUUACACAAACCAAAAGAUGAAAUAAAAGGCGAACUGUUUGCUGAGGAUUCCUUGAUAAAAGUUUUCUUGGAUAAAAAGAAAUUUGACGAAUCUUUUUCGCCCAGAGUGUCGAGAUCGAGUUUUUUACAGCAAACUUCCCCGUUGAGGAAAAUCGUUUCAGGAACUACAAAUGGAAACUUUAAAAGUCAUUCAUAUGUUGCAGUGUCUAAUAAACCUCCUACUGCCCUUACCAGAUUUACAGUAACAAAGAUCAGAGAAAAAGCACCAGUCCCAGAUAACACUAAACCUGUGAAAUACUUUUGCGAGAAAGAAUUAGCUUUGAACUUAAAAACUACUACUCCUUCGCCAAAAAUAACUAAAAAUUACUCCUUCAUGUCUCCGACAUUUUCGAGCGAACAAAAAAAUAAAAUGAGGGAAAUCGAUACAGUUACUAAAUUAAUUUCACCAACUAGAAGAGGCAGGAGUGCUAGUCCUACUCCUAAUGUAGACAAAUCAGCAAUCAAAAAAGUACCUUACAUCGAUAAAAGUUCUUCGUCUAUUUUCCAUAAUAAACCUGAUCCUGGUGGAUAUGAAUUGAAUUUAAAAUCUUUAAAUUUAGAUUCAUCUAAUUCAACCAUAAUAGAAACUUGCCCGGACGCCAAUAAUUCAGAAAAUGAGCUUAUGCAAGCAAUUACAAAAAUAAGGGAGGAAGAUUGGAAUGUUGCUCUUAGAGGUUUGGCGGAAGUUUUGGAAAUAUGCCGCACGUGCGAUGUGAAUAUUGUUUAUCCACAUAUGACCAUUAUCAAUCAAAGAAUUAUAGAUAUGUUGAAAAGUUCAAGAUCUCAUGUAUGUAGGACUACAUGUAAAGCUAUAGGACAUUUGUUUGAAUAUGUUAAAGAUACUAGAAGACCAGAAUUUGAUGAAAUUGUAGACACUCUCCUAUGCCGAACGGCAGAUUCUAACAAAUUCAUUAAACAUGAUGCAAAUUUGGCUUUAGAUUGUAUGGUUACGCACAUACCGAUUUUGCACGCAAUUAGGUCGCUUUGUGCAAAGGGUCCCGAACAUAAAAACUCCUUGGUACGAAUAGCUACGGCAAGAUUAGUAGUGUGCGCUGUAGUAAUUGCCGGGUCAAGCUACAUUUUGAAUCCGAAUAACAGCGAUUUUACUAGGAAAAGGAUUAUUGUGAAUAUGGUUAAGUUUUUGAAUGAUAAAACUCUUGAAGCAAGAAAAUAUGGUGAUCGACUUCAUAAGCUCCUCUACAGCGACCGAUUGUUUGAAAUUUACGUACGAAGAUAUUUAGAUAAAGACACAGCCCAAAAACUUAAAGUAUGCCUCAAAAACCCAUAUAAAGCUAGAUAAGAUUAUCACUUAAGUACAACUGGAGAAAAAUUAGUAAUUGACUUACAUGGGUUUUUUCAAGGGUUGUGAAAUUUUAUACGCAACAAUUUGAAAAUACAUAAUAUAUUAAGAUAUACAUUUAUAUGUUGUACUAAUAUUCUAUACACCCAUAGCGCUUUGAUAUGCUGGACAGACAUUUAAAGUGCGAUUUAACAAUUUGCAGAAUUCACAACAGGUUUUUUUUUAUAAUAAAUAUAGUUUUUUUUUUUCGUUAUAUAAAACAAACUAGUACAAAAGUUAUAAAAAAGAUAGAAACUAUAUAUAAAUCAAUCAGUUUUAGGACUUAGGGUUAUAUAUUUAUAUGCCUAUAUGUUUUUCUCAAGGAAUAUACCAUUUUAUCUUAUGGCAGCAAAAAUAUACAGAUAAGGCGCUUUGCUGAAUGAUAUUUUGAAUAAAUAUUGUUUUUUGCAUUUCAUACUUUACUUCAUGCCAUCAUUUUUUACAUUCACAAAACGUCUAAGUAGGCCAUUUAUAACAUAUCUGUAGGUACCUACAUUUUCCAGAUAGAUUUUAAGCUAGAGAAUUAGUGGAAGAUUUGAUUUAUAACAUAUAUUCUGUUCACAAUCCGAUGUCCACAGGUGCAGGUACAUUUAUCACCUUUCCCUAUCAAAUAGCAUUUGAAAGGUGAUAAAUUUUACCGGUACCAGUGGACAUCGGAUUGUGAACAGAUAAUAGUGCAUAAUAUAUUAAGGUGCGUACAGACAUGCAACAGAACGCCGUAACGUAACUUCACCGCGUAACAAGUACGCGACAUAUCUGGACCGUACUCUGCAACAUCGUAGCAGUACAGCAACCGCGUAACACCGUAACAUCGCAGCGUCCCAUCGGUUGUCGGUAAAUCGACACCGCAUCAAAGAAAUGUUCGCGGCGAUGUUGCACUUGAUUUUUUUAGUCUGGACGUGCUUGCGAACCCGGUGCCGUUGUUUUGGUUUUGCCCUUUUGUAUUUCCACUAUUUCCAGUCAAAUUCAGUUGCUAUUUUGAUUUCGAUAGAAAUGGAGUGGACGGAAGACAGUGUGCUUGAGUUUAUCGAAAUUUAUAGAGGGAAGGAAAUUUUAUGGAAUAACAAACAUCCCAGAUAUUUUAAUAAAAUUCAGAAAAAUGAUGCGUGGGAAGAUGUCGCAAGAAGUGUAGGUGCUACGAUUGACGAGUGCAAGAAGAAAAUUAGUGCGUUGCAGUCAGCGCUGAGGCGGGAAAAGUCAAAAAUUAAAAAAAGCAUGGGCACCGGAACAGGUAAAGAUUUAUUAAUUAAUUAAAUUUUUUUGACACUUCUAACAGCCAAUUUUUUUAACAACUUUCUCAAGCUUGUUGCCUUCAACAAGCUUUCGAAACCUGUUAAAAAAAUGUUUUCGAACAAUUAUCAAUGUCCUUGGGUUGUUACUACUGGUAUAGUUUUUCCAAAGUCAAUUGGAACAAGGUAAACAUAAAUCAUACUGGUGGCCGGCUGACUAGUGGCAGUGGCGGCAGUGCAUUUCUUAUGGAACUUUCCAGUGACCAUCAGUCAGCCACCAGUUGGUACCUUGUUCCAAUUGACUUUUGUAAUAGUAUAAUAUGAAUUGAUUAAUAUACUAUUAUUUCAAUUGUAGGGCGUUCCGAUGUGUAUGAAAGUUCUUGGUUCGCAUUCAAGAGCUUGCUAUUCCUGUGGGACAAAAACAAAGUACGCAAUACUCAAAGCUCUGUAAGUGUUUAUUUAUUUAUUUAUUUAUUUUUUUCAAUAUUAUUUAAGUAUAUUUAUCUUGCCACAAAAUCCGCCCUUCAUUUUGAAAGAAAUCAGCCAAUUCUUCUCGAAUUGCUUUAGCCUGUAUGGAUGGUUUUCUGGGAAUAUUUCUGAGAGGAAGUAGCGAAGUAGUUGGUUCAUUACUUGAAGCUCUCGCUCCAUCGACAAGUUUUCCCUCUACUUCCGUAUCGAAUGUUCCGUUUGGUGUAUACAAGUGACAGGAGGAGGAACUUUUCCUUAAGAAAUUAUGUAAGUGAGCUAUUGCCAUUACAAUGAGCUCAGCCUUUUCAGGACUUAGCAGCAUGGGUUUCCGGAGUGCUCUAAAUACUGCUGAAGCAAUACCAAAUACAUUCUCUACGACUCUUCGCGCGCGAGAUAAUCUAUAAUUAUAAACCCUUUGUAAUGAUCCUUUGGGGUGAAUUCCCGAAAACGGUUUCAUUAAUGUAUCAGUGAGAGCAAACGCCUCAUCUCCAAUGAAAAAAUAGGGAAUUUCGCGUUGUCUACCAUCCAAAGCUUCAGCUAGUGGCAAUCUUAACUCAUUUUUUUCUAGUUUUUUGAACAGGGAACAAUUUUUGAAAAUGCCACCAUCAGAAAUUCUUCCUUGGCCUCCAGCAUCAACAUACAAAAAGUUGUAAUGAGCAUCUACUACUGCAAAAAGAACUAUGCUGAAUGUCGAUUUGUAGUUAAAAAAAUCGCUUCCUGUAUUAAUAGGUGCUUGCAAAACGACGUGUUUUCCAUCGAUUGCCCCUAGGCAGUGCGGAAAGUUCCAAAUAUCGUUGUAUUGUUUUGCUACUUGUAACCACCCCUCUGAUGUUGUUGGUAUCUGUAAAAAAUAUCGUUUUCAGAAACUUCAAAGAAUAAUGAUUCUACUAACUAAAAAACCUUGAAUUUAUGACCUGAUCUACAAGACAUUUCUUUCCCAACCCAGAAAACUAUUUUGUCAUAUUAUCGAAAAAAUAUCAACAGAACUUUUUAUUUGGUUGCAGAUUGAUAAAGAAACAGACGAAAGUAAUGAUGUAGAUGAUGAUACCGCUUUGCAAGAUAUGAAUCCGGACUCUGAGGAGCCCCAGAAGACUAACGACAUACAAGAGCCUGACGAGACUGAAGAGCAUCAUGAGAUUCAGAAGCCUCACGGGACUCAGCAGUCUCACGAGACUCAUGAGCUUCGCGUGACCCAGGAGCCCAACGAGUCUCAGCAGACUCCAAAGACUCGGAUUAGAGUCAGUAACAAGGAAAGAAAACCCCCUCAGAUGACUCAUAGUAUCCCGAACAAAAAACGUGCAGUUGAAAAAUUGGAUGCUGCUUUCGAAAUUCUAACAAAGGCAUCGAAUAAGGAACCACCGCAGGAUCCAAGCGAAUGUCAAAUAUUUGGAAAUCUUGUAGCCAAGAAACUUAGUAAAUAUUCGAACGUAGCACAAACGGCAGUACAAGAAGCCAUCAUGAAUAUUUUAUUUGCGGCAGACAAGGGGUAUUAUAAUCAAUAUCCCGCUCCAAGAGGUUAUCAAUCAAACAAUUAUUCCACAAUCCAAAGCGAACUUGUACAACGUGAUUCGGUUUACCAAGAUACUCAGUUGAUACAAUCCCCAUAUUCACCCCGUCCCGCAGCUCAUUGGGAUUUUGCAACUGACGCAUCAUCCCAAGCGCCUCAGUUUUCACCGGUACCACUGCCACUAAUAUCUCCAGCAUCAGCAAGUUCACAAUGCUCGGGUAUGACAAAUUAUUCCGCUUCUACCAGCAAUCCACCCCCAUUUACCAGUGCAACAUUACUAACUGAUUUAAACUUGCCAGAUAAUUAAAUGAUAUUCAAGAACAAAAUUUUAUAGAAAAAUGUUUUAUAAUAAAGAAUUUUGAGCAAUAAAUAAAUCAACAUACCUGUAUAUUCUCCUUCAACCCUUCUAUGAGAGCUUCACACACUUCUGGUACUAUAGCGCUUAUCGAUUGUUUCGAAAUUUUGAACAGAUAUUGCAGACUCGUGAAGGAAUCUCCAGUCGCCAGAAAACGCAUUGUUACUGCCAAUCUUUCCUGAACCGAAAUAGCUUGUCUCCAAUUAGUGUCUCUUCUUGAUACUUUUGGACCGAUUAGGUUAAUCAAAAAUUCAAAAUCAGUUGGCGACAUUCUGGUAAAGUUUUUGUAUAGACCACUCACAGACUGGAAGUUUAGGUCUCUCAAUAAAUGACGACCACUGUACACAGUUCUACUGGUGUAUAAUUGAGUCUGCCACCAGCGUCUUGGUCUGCGUUUUCUCUUAUGCACUAAAUAGUGCAUAACUAUGUAAGCUGCAGCAGCAAUGUCCAUCUUGCUUGAACGUAGAUACCAACUAACUAAAAACGUUGCUAAAAAGCUGGGACGCCUAAAUGUUCCGCGCCGAUGUUGCGCGGCGAUGUUCUGUUGCACCAAACUAAACCCACUUUCCUCAUCGCAACGUAACAACGUCGCGCAACAGAACAUGUCGCGUGCUUGAUACGCGGUGAAGUUACGUUACGGCUUUCUGUUGCAUGUCUGUACGCACCUUUAGGUUUCUAAUGCAGUUACUACCUGGAUUUGCUUGAUUGUCAAGUUUCCAAUGGUACCAAAUUACAGUGAAAUAUAUCAUUACUGACAAUUUUAUUAUGCAGACACAUCCUUCAAAUGAAAAAAUGUUCUGGAACCAACAUGAACCAAAAACCCUGGGUGUUGAAGUUGUUCUGUAGUAGCUGCCUACUCUGCACAACUUUGAUAUUCUUUCUUUGUUCCAUUUUUUUUUUUUUCAUAGGGAAAGCUCCAGUUCUUACCAUCAUCUCACUACUUUCUUUGGGAAAUUUAGGAUCAAAAAAACGAGAUUUAUUCAAAACAUUGCUACCUUCAAGAGGAAAAAAAUUUCAUUGAUUUGUCUCAAAGAUUAACAUUAAAUCGCAAAAGUGAGCCUACAAAAACUAAAUGCACAUUAAUCAAUACCUCUAGAAGAUAUUUAACACCACAUUAACACAAAAUAUUCUAAUUGUUCCAAUUCGGUAUUUUUUGUAUAUAUUUUCAUAAAGGCAUGAAUCUAAAAGUGUUGGCACUCUAGAAAUAUUUUUACCACAGUCUUAGGGUAAUAAUACCAAUGAUCCCUUUUUUUUAGAUAUGUUUUAGCUACACCUUCAGAAUUUAAAAUAUAGAAUUUCUAUUGUUACCCUGAUUAGAAGUGAUUAUCUAAAUAAACAUUUACCACCUAAACCAUCAAUAUGAUAUUUUCUUUAAAAUUUCUCCGUCGAUUUGCCAAUAUUUUUCUAGUAUUUUUGUAUUUUAAUAUAAUCUAAAUGAUUGGCUACAACAUUUGAAACUAUAAUUUCUUCUAUUUCCAUGCCAUUGUGGACUUGCUCUCUUGAUAAAAUUAACUCAUAGUUAUUAUCGGGAGUCACAAAAACUACUUUGGUUCGUCUUGUUUGGAGCAUAUUACCAACUACAAGCUAAAAAUUUUAAAAAAAUUAAAAUUAUUGAAUAAAAUUAUUAUAAAUAACUAACCUUAUGUUUGUAUUUAUUUAAAGCAUCCCUAGAUUUACUUAUUAAAAUACUUUCAUCAGUUUCUAACUUAAAAGACACCACAAAUGCUAGUGGUACCCACAAGCUCACUAAAGGAGCUAAUAGUUUAGGUACCAACUGAAGUUGGAUAUUAGGGGGACCCCCGCCUGAUUGCAUUUUAUGUGUAGGCUAGAAAAACAAAACCGAUUUAAAAACAACUAAUUCCAAUUUGUUGGCUUACAAUCUGAUUUGCAGGAACAUAAAAGUCAGAAACUGCGGCCGCUAAGUAAAGCAAGGCCCGAGCUCCGAAUUGCGCCAAACACUCACAAACGGCCCUCAAUAACCAAAAGUAGUCCGAAACUGUUGUAAAGUUUACAUACAAUAUCCUGCCGUUAUCCUGGGCGGCUUUAUAUCGAGACAAAAUUGGAGCCAGCACAUCCACCCCAUCAGGUCUG